CCACAUUUUCCAUUUCAAACUCCCCCACCCCUCUCUCAUCCCCAUCGAACCGCUGGUUCUCUUUCUGCGACAACUUUCUCAAUUCAAAAUCAGAUCAGGAAAUCCCACCUUCUUUCUCUACUCAGAGAUCCUCAAACCCUCGCUCUUAAAUGGCUCCACCUUUCGUAUUUCCCCAAAAUUUACAUUCUCUGGAAGAGGAAGUGGAAGACUCCGACAUUGAUAGCAAUCGCCUCAGUGUUCAAAAUCCUACUUCACUCACCACUCUCCCUCCUUCUCAAUUAGAAGAAUUCGUCAAAGGUGUCUCCUUCGACCUAUCUGACAAAGAGCUAUUCUGCGUGGAGGAGCAGGAAGUGUUUGAUCGCGUGUAUUCACUGGUGAAGGAGUUUGCUUGCCUUACUCCUGGUUGUAAGCUCAAUCUAGUGGAGUCUCUUAGGUCCAAUCUUAGCGUACUGCUCCCUACUGUGGAUUCACUCUGGAGGGUGUCUCAGCAAAAGGAGGGAAAUGCUAAUGAAAGUGAGGAGGAGGAGGAGGAUGAGCGUUCACUUGCUGAUCGAGUGGCAUCAUAUCGAAAUGCUUUCAAGAUUUACACUUUCUUCCUCGUUCAUAUUGUGCUCAUUGAGGAGUCCAACUCUAGUUCUAACAACAAAACAAAAGUUGUUGCUAGUAGUCGGAAGAAGCAACUUGUCAGUGCGUGGAAUUGGGAGCCGCAAAGGGCAAGGAUACUGAACUUGGUUGCAAAUUCAUUAGAGAUCAACCUCUCACUGCUCUUUGGAUCAUCAGAUCUUGAUGAAAAUUACUUGUCCUUCAUUGUGAGGAAUGCUUUUUCGAUAUUUGAGAAUGCGACAGUCUUAAAAGAUUCAGAGGCAAAAGAUGCCUUGACUCGCAUAAUUGGGACAUGUGCUAUCAAAUACCACUAUGCUGCACAAUCAUGUGCUUCAAUUUUGCACCUGGUUCACAAAUAUGAUUUUGCAGUUUCUCAUUUGGCUGAUGCGGUUGCUUGGGCUGAGAAGAAGUAUGCUGAUGGUAGCGUGGCGUCUUCUCUUAUCAGAGAGAUAGGGAGGACAGCCCCGAAAGACUAUGUGAAGGAUACUGUAGGGGCUGAAAAUGUUGGGCGCUUUCUCGUAGAGCUCGCUGAUAAAAUGCCAAAGUUGGUCUCAACUAAUAUUGGCUUAUUAAUCCCACAUUUUGGAGGUGAAUCUUAUAAAAUAAGAAAUGCUCUUGUUGGGGUGUUGGGUAAGUUGGUCAUGAAGGCUUUUGAUGACACUGAAUUUGAAGUGAGUUCUAAAUCCAUUCGUCUCCGAACCAAACAGGCCAUGCUGGAAAUCUUGUUGGAACGUUGCAGGGAUGUGUCAGCCUAUACAAGGAGUCGAGUGCUUCAAGUCUGGGCUGAAUUAUGUGAAGAGCAUUCAGUUCCGAUAGGCAUGUGGAAUGAAGUUGCAGCAGUAGCAGCUGGGAGGUUAGAGGAUAAGAGUGCAAUUGUCAGAAAAUCUGCACUCAGUCUCCUUAUUAUAAUGUUGCAGCACAAUCCCUUUGGACCCCAGCUUCGAGCAACAUCUUUUGAAGCAACCUUAAAACAAUACAAGAAAAAGUUAGAUGACCUAGGACCGAAGGCUCAGUCAACAAGUGUUUUGGAUGAAUUGCCUUCCUAUGAUGAAACUAGUAAUGGAGAUGGCGAGGUCCACGAUGUGGGUGAAGGGAUGAACAAGGAACAGGAUAAUAGUCUGACCGACAGCUUCUUGCCUCAUGAGGAAGAUCUGAUAGGCCAGAAGGAUGAUGAUUCUGUCCCAGAUGUUGGGAAUCUGGAGCAAACAAGGACCUUGGUUGCAUCGCUGGAGGCAGGUUUGAGAUUUUCCAAUUGUGUGUCUGCCACAAUGCCAACCCUUGUCCAAUUAAUGGCCUCAUCUUCUGCCACUGAUGUGGAGAACACAAUUCUUCUGCUGAUGAGAUGCAGACAGUUCCAAGUAGAUGGUUCCGAAGCCUGCCUCCGGAAAAUGUUGCCACUGGUAUUUUCACAAGACAAAGCAAUUUAUGAAGCUGUUGAGAAUGCUUUCAUUAUAAUAUAUGUUAGGAAGCAUCCAGAGGAAACUGCUAAGAAUCUCUUGAAUCUUGCUAUAGAUUCAAAUAUCGGAGAUCUUGCUGCAUUGGAAUUCCUAAUUGGAGCCUUAAUGUCCAAGGGCGAUUUAACGACUAGCACAUUGUCAGCAUUAUGGGAUUUCUUCUGUUUUAAUAUCGCUGGAACAACUGCAGAACAAAGUCGUGGUGCUUUAUCUAUUUUAUGCAUGGCAGCAAAAACAUCAAAUGCUGUUCUCAGCUCUCACUUACAAGACAUCAUUGACAUAGGCUUUGGGCGUUGGGCAAAAGUGGAACCUUUACUUGCUAGGACAGCAUGUCUUGCUAUUCAGAGGCUGUCUGAAGAGGACAGGAAAAAAUUGUUAUCCACUAAUGGAAGUCGCGUAUUUAGUAUCUUAGAAAGCUUAGUUACUGGCUUUUGGCUUCCUGAACAUAUAUGGUAUGCUGCUGCAGAUAGAGCAAUAGCUACUAUAUAUACUAUCCAUCCGUAUCCUGACAAAAUGGCUGCUGAUCUGGUGAAGAAAUCUCUUAGUUCUGUAUUUGAUUGUAGUGGAGGGGAUGAGCUACAAAAUGGUAGCUCCGAUAUGCUAACCACAGUUCAAGUGACAAAACUCAGUAGGUUUCUUUUUGUCGUAAGCCAUGUAGCUAUGAACCAAUUGGUUUACAUCGAGUCUUCGGUCCGCAAGAUUCAGAAAGAAAAAGCAAAGAGAGAGAAAAUGGUUACUGAGGAUAAGAGUGAUUGCACAGAUAAUACUGGUGCACAGAAGGAUAAUGGUAUCAAUGCAGAGUUAGGUCUUGCAGCUUCUGAAGAUGCGUUCCUCGAUACACUAUCUGAAAGAGCAGAGAAAGAAAUUGUAUCUGGUGGUUCUCGUGAAAGAAACUUGAUUGGCUAUUGUGCACCUUUUCUUUCUAAACUCUGUAGGAAUUACAGUUUGAUGCAGAAGUACCCUGAACUGCAAGCAUCCGGAAUGCUUGCAUUAUGUCGAUUUAUGAUAAUUGACGCAGACUUCUGUGAUGCAAAUCUCCAGCUUCUUUUCACUGUUGUGGAGAAUGCACCUUCUGAAACUGUUCGAUCAAAUUGCACUGUUGCUCUUGGAGAUCUGGCAGUUCGUUUUCCUAAUCUGUUAGAGCCAUGGACAGAGCACACGUAUGCAAGAUUAAGAGAUCCAUCAGUUUCUGUGAGAAAGAAUGCUGUAUUGGUUCUUUCUCAUCUGAUACUGAAUGACAUGAUGAAGGUGAAAGGUUACAUAAAUGAAAUGGCCAUCUGUUUGGAAGAUGAAGAUGAAAGAAUUUCAAAUCUAGCCAAACUUUUCUUUCAUGAGUUGUCAAAGAAAGGAAACAAUCCUAUUUAUAACCUGCUUCCAGAUAUCCUUGGCAAGUUAUCUAGCCAGAACUUGAAAGAAGAAUCAUUCUGCAACAUCAUGCAAUUUUUAAUUGGUUCAAUUAAGAAGGACAAGCAAAUGGAAGCUCUUGUCGAAAAGCUUUGCCAUAGAUUUAGUGGAGUUACGGAUGUUAGGCUAUGCGAAUACAUCUCCUAUUGCCUCUCUCAGCUAUCAUACACUGACAAGAGCAUGAAAAAGCUGAUAGAGUUGUUUAAGACGUAUGAACAUUCCUUAUCUGAAGACUCUGUGAUGGAAAAUUUUCGAAAUAUUAUCAGCAAGGGGAAGAAGUUUGCUAAACCUGAACUCAGAUCAUGCAUUGAGGAGUUUGCGGAAAAGCUGAAUAAGUUCCACAUAGAGAGGAAGGAACAAGAACUUACUGCCAAAAAUGCUCAAAGCCAUCAACAGAAAGUGGAGAGCUUGGAGAACAUCGUGGUGACUAAAACCGAAGAAGAUGAAAUCGGUGAAUCUGAAAUUACUGAAGAUUCUGAAGUCACUGAUCCAUCAAUGGAAGGGCAAACAGAAUGUUCACCUUCGGAACCAAGAUCUGCUGAGUCGGAAGCAAAUUCUCAUGCUUCCAGUGAGGUGACUGAUUCAGCAAUUGAUGAAAAUGAAGUUCAAUCUCCUAAAAAUCGGCCCCGAGGUGCCUAUAGAUCCAGAGCCAAAAACAGCAGUAAAAGUGAUCAAAACCUUGAAACUUACACUUCCACUAGAAGAACCACGAGGUCCAGCCGUAGGAGCUAAUCCACCCUCUUAGAAUUAGAUGCUUCUGUGCAUUUUCAUUUUAUUCAGGGCAAUUGACAUUCCUGACACAUGUUCUGUAUGCUAACUUUGUAGAUAGUAAAUGUCUUUCUCUUUGCCCUUGUCUGUGAGCCUAAGCAUAUUUUGGAUCAUUUUCCUGAUAAAUAUGCAAUAUUCAGUUUGUGGCUUGAGUUCUAUGGAGACUAUGAGCCAAUUCUAUGCA